CAGGCCUGGGUCUCGUCCCCUUCAGCAGAGCUGGGCCUGGGUCUCACCCCCCUCUGCUGAGCGGGCCUGCGUCUCGCACCCCUCUGCUGAGCCGGGCCUGGGUCUCACCCCCCUCUGCUGAGCCAGGCCUGGGUCUCGUCCCCUUCGGCAGAGCUGGGCUGGAGUCUCACCCCUCUGCAGAACUGGGCUGGGGUCUCACCCUUCUCUGCUGAGCCAGGCCUGGGUCUCGUCCCCUUCAGCAGAGCUGGGCCUGGGUCUCACCCCCCUCUGCUGAGCGGGCCUGCGUCUCGCACCCCUCUGCUGAGCCGGGCCUGGGUCUCACCCCCCUCUGCUGAGCCAGGCCUGGGUCUCGUCCUCUUCGGCAGAACUGGGCCUGGGUCUCGUCCCCUUCGGCAGAGCUGGGCUGGGGUCUCAUCCCCUCUGCAGAACUGGGCCUGGGUCUCAUCCGCUUCGGCAGAGCUGGGCUGGGGUCUCACCCCCCUCUGCUGAGCCGGGCCUGGGUCUCACCCCUCCUCCUCUGAGCCAGGCCUCAGCCCAUCCUGCUCAGCUGAACUCUGCUGGGGUCUCAGCACUCUUGGCCAAGUGCUGCUUGAGCCUCAUGGAGGACUCAGACUCCGCCGAGGCUGCCGCGAUGGCCGCUGCAGUGGCAGCCGCGAGGGGUGCUGCCAGCUCAGAAGAUGAGGCCCCGGAUUUGGACUCAGACUCAGACUCAGAGACAGACACAGACACCGACCCCGACCCUGAUCGGGAGGCCCGCCGGAUGCGGACCGUGGCUGUCAUAGAGACGUCGGAGCCCGUGAGGCACGUGGACGUGGGCGCCAGGGAGCAGGCGCUGCCCGAGCCCCCUGACCCCGAGGAGGAAGCCACUUUCGCAGAAGUGACCACGGUGACUGUGGCCAACGUGGAAUCUUCCGCGGACAAUGUCUUCACCACCUCCGUGGCCAGCGCUGCGUCUCUCUCUGGGCACAUGCUGUCUGGAAGAGCAGCUCUUCAACUUGGAGAUGGCUUAAGUACGGAGAAGGCCACCCUGAUCGUUGUCCACACAGAUGGCAGCAUUGUGGAGACCACUGGCCUGAAGGCACCCCCUGCGCCUCUCACCCCAGGGCCUCAGUCUUCUCCGACUCCGCUAGCUGCCGGCCAGGACAAAGGGGGCACAAAGUAUAACUGGGACCCGUCUGCGUACGACAGUGAGCUUCCUGUGCGCUGCCGGAACCUCAGCGGGACUCUGCAUAAGAACCGCCUGGGCUCAGGUGGGCGCGGCCGCUGCAUUAAACAGGGCGAGAACUGGUACAGCCCCACGGAGUUUGAGGCCAUGGCGGGCAGGGCCAGCAGCAAGGACUGGAAGAGGAGCAUCCGCUACGCUGGGCGGCCGCUGCAGUGCCUCAUCCAGGACGGCAUCCUGAACCCUCACGCCGCCUCUUGUACAUGUGCCGCCUGCUGUGACGACAUGACCUUGAGCGGCCCGGUCAGAUUGUUCGUUCCCUACAAAAGGCGAAAGAAGGAAAGCGAGAUGCCGACGACUCCCGUGAAGAAGGAUUCCUCCAAGAACAUCCCCUUGCUUCCAGCCACGGCCACCACGACCUUUACCGUGACUCCUUCUGGACAGCUCACUACCUCUGGCACUCUGACCUUUGACCGGGCAUCGACUGUGGAGGCCACAGCUAUCAUCUCAGAAAGUCCAGCCCAGGGGGAUGUCUUCACCGGAGCAACUGUACAAGACAGCAACGUGCAGCCGUCUUGCAGGGUCGGUCAUCCGGAGCCUCAUUAUCCCAGCUAUCAGGACAACUGCCCGAUCUCGCCAUUUCCAGAAGCUGCCUUGCCUACGUCUCAUCCCAAAAUCGUGCUGACGUCCUUGCCUGCUCUGGCGGUCCCGCCUGCGACCCCCGCCAAAGCCAUACCGCCUGCCAUGAUCCACGGACUGGAGAUGACCGAGCAUCGGAGCUGGUUGUGCCUGGAAGAGAUGGUCAACUCUCUGCUGAGCACGGCCCAGCAGCUGAAGACCCUGUUCGAACAGGCCAAGCAGGCCAGCUCGUACCGAGAGGCCGCCACAGCACAAGCCAGAGGUCAGGCCGAGGCCGAGAGGAAGGAGUAUCAGAACCAGCUCUUCCAGCCAGCUGAAGAUGUGGAAGGGAAAGCCGAAAUCAUCAUCAAGCAAUCUUGUGUCAACUGUGGCCGAGAAGCCAUGAAUGAGUGCACCGGCUGCCACAAGGUCAACUAUUGCUCUACUUUCUGCCAGCGCAAGGACUGGAAGGAACACCAGCACAUGUGUGGUCAGUCAGCCACAGUCACUGUCCAGACUGAUGAAGUCCAUGUCACUGAGAGUGUGAUCCAGAAGGUCACUGUGUGAAUGACGGUGGGGGAUGGGGAUGGACAGGGGCUGGCCACAGGACCUGGACAUUUCGGAGGGCUCCCCCUCUUCUCUUCCCUUGGUGUUCUUCUUGCUCUCAGUCCAUCCUGGUCCCGGGCAGUUCUGGCGGCCUUUUCCUCAAGGAAAUGGGCACGCCUGGGUCAGCUGACACUGAGUCAUUCUCUCUGGAGAGGACUGUGUGGUGGCCGCUGGCUUCUUGCCAAGAGCAGCCUGGGGAGCCUGCGGUUGGGGAGGGCCCUGGAGGAGGCACCAUAAGGCUCAGACCCCAGUGUCCCCUGUGGUUUCUGUCAUUCUGAGGGGAGCCUGGGUGACAUCUUCUGUGGGAAGACUCUGGACUUUUGCUCCAGGAUCCUCCGUAGCCCCUGGGAGAGGUCAGGGACACAGGAGCUGACUGACAGUUCUGCCAGGCUAGAAAGGCUUCAAGCGUAUGCGUCCCUCACACAGGCUGAAUCCCCUUGCUCUCCCAGGGUGCCUUUGGCCACAGGAACUCGGGAAGCAUUGCGUAUAGGCUACCUGGGACCCCGAGCCUCUGCAGGAACAAAUAUCACUGUGGUUUUUAGAAAAUCUAUAAAUAAAAGACUUCACCUCCACAAA